GGUGGAAAACACAACGAAGGAAAAUCUCCAUACGGAUCACAAUCUCGUAGGUUUCCUAUUCUAGACACCGCAGGUCUUGUCGAAUUCCUCUCUCAAAAUGGCGCCAAAUUACCAUUUAUUACCCGAAAAUUAUACAGACACGACAUGUCUUUGGGUUUUCGGCUACGGGUCGCUUCUUUGGAAGCCAAAUUUCGAGUAUUCAACACUGGAAAUCGGUCACGUCAAGGGCUACGUUCGGCGUUUCUGGCAGGGCAACACAACGCAUCGAGGCGUGCCGGGAAAGCCUGGAAGAGUAGCUACUCUAGUCAAACAAGACGAGGGUGUGACGUGGGGAAUGGCCUUCCUACUCAAGGGUGAAGCACAGAUUCUGGAUGCGCUAAGCCACUUGAACACCAGGGAGUGCCAACUGGGUGGAUACACCAUCCACAGCACCACCUUCCACCCCAGGAAGGGUUCAGAGCAUGAGGUGGUGGUCUUCACUGCAACGCCGGGCUGCCUGAACUACAUGGGGCCAGCGCCCAUGGCCACCAUAGCCAGUGAGAUCCUGUGCUCCAGAGGUCUGAGUGGCCACAACCUGGAGUACCUCUUCCGACUAGCAGAGACCGUCCGGCGGCUGAUUCCUGAGGAUGAAGAUGAGCACCUUUUUGAGUUGGAGGCUGCAACCAAGAAGAUGUUACGACGUCUCAGCUGCCGCACACCCUCCCAGGAGAUGUUUGCCAUCCCUGUAAAACAUUCAGAGGAGUCUAACAAUAGUUUGAGCAAAUGGCCGUCCACUCAGCCUACUCUACAAGGACAGAUGCUCACCAAAAGCCAUUGAGACAGAUUAUCAGUAUUUUGUGAUUUGUUGUGAGUCAGUAGAGAGAAAGAUCUGUACCUCCUUUCAAAUGAACGGCAUCUGAGGCUGUGGUGUACAUCAACAAAAAGGUGAAACUAUCAGGCAAAUGAGCGCUUCAUUUCAAAGUGAAUCGGGUAAAGUCGAGCCAAAAAUGGUGCAAUACUCAAAACAGCAAAAAUACACGGACAUUGAAAUAGUACGUGGCACACACCAACCUCACUAGAUGAUGUAUAUAAAAUUACUUUAUACAUAAUCAUGCUCAAAGUGUGAACAAGGACAGAAUAGGAAUGUUUAUAAACUAUUAUAUUCUAUGUGAUCAUCACUUAAAAAAAACUGACCACCUAAAAAUUGAUAUAUAUUGAAGCAGUAAAUAGUAUGUGCAUAUCAACUAUAUGUUUAUCAACCUAACCAGAUAAAUACAUAUUUUGCAAAUCAUGCAGAAAGUCUGAUUUAAUAAACACAAUAAAAAUGCCUAGAACUGAUUAUACCCUGUAUGAAUAUAACUUUAACAAAAGACUCAAUUUCCUCAGCAAAAAUUAAAUGGCCCAUUCCAAAAUUGGAAUCUCUUGCAGCUGUUGUGAAGGCUGUGUUUUCCAACAGCAACAAAAUCCCUACUUAGCUAUUCUGUAUCUAUCAGUUUGUGUAAAAAAAUAAAAAGGUCUCUCCUAUACAUGUGAUUUGGAAUGCAAGGUUUGCAAUAAAACCCCAACCUUUCUCUUUCUAAAACACCCCAAAAGAAUUACUUUGGAUCCCUAAUCCCAUUCGUUCAAAUUGUUUAUCCAAAAUCUUGCCACAAAUGACUAUCAUGGAGAUUAGCACUGACCUUGUAAUAUUCAAUAUUUUACGUGUAUGUUGGCACUGAUGCCAACAGCGCAGGCCAGUAGAAUAUUGCGGGAUGGGUGAGGACUCGUGCACAGGGCACUAUUUCACCUCAACUCUUCUUUCAUCAUGAGAAUAAUGCACAAAGCCAGAGAGGAUGGGCUUGGGAGGGGAGUCAGGGGUAAAGACAUAUUUUGGGGUGAACUAAAUUUCAGAUGUCAAAAUUAUGCAAAUAUAGUGCAAAUACAGUGAGUAAGGGGCAAACUGGAAUGGAGGGGACAGCACCUGCAUACUUCAACCAAUGCAUUUCCUUUGUGAUUAACACUGAAAUAACACAAGCAUUCUCAAAAACAUCAAUUUUAUUUUUUCUAUUUGAAUGACUGUAAAGCAGCUGUGCAUAUAGUUGUAUACACAGAAUAGUGUAAUACCAAUGGAUUAUUCAUGCCAAUGUAGGUACUUCAGAAUACAAUAUCAAAAUGCAUGUUUCCAUUUUAAGAAUUGAGAAAAAUAAAUUUGGAUUCAUGUGUAGUCUGAUA